AUGGAAUUCGAUAAUCCAUUAUCAAAUCUGAAUAAGGAACAAGAAUCUCCAAUGUCACUUCCUCCUUCAUUAUUUUCACCCUCUCCUUGGGCAAAUCCGCCUGUUGUUUCCUCUAAGAAGAGAACUCCUACGUUGACAAUCAACGAUGUCAGAUCACCGCAACAAACUUUAUAUCAACAACCACGAACACCAACCACAGUUGCCAUGACACCCAUGACUCCACGUAUUACCAAUGUUCUUGAUAUAAAACCAAGUUUACAAAAUAUCGUAGCAACGGCAAAUCUCGGAUGUAAAUUGGAUUUAAAACGUAUUACUUCGCAAGCACGUAAUGCUGAAUAUAAUCCAAAACGUUUUGCUGCUGUUAUUAUGCGUAUUCGUAAUCCGCGUACUACUGCAUUGAUCUUUCAAUCGGGUAAAAUGGUUUGUACGGGCGGAAAAAGUGAAAAUGAUGCAUCACAAGCAGCGCGACGAUUUGCACGAAUCAUUCAAAAACUUGGCUUCGAGGUUAAAUUUUCUGAUUUUAAAAUACAAAACGUGGUUGGUAGUGCUGAUCUCAAAUUUAAAAUUCGACUCGGAGUGCUUCAGGUGGCACAUACCAACUUUUGCCGUUACGAGCCGGAAGUCUUUCCCGGUCUCAUCUAUCAAAUGAAGGAACUGAAAGUAGCUUUACUCAUAUUCGCAUCAGGCAAAGUCGUACUUACUGGUGCAAAAACUCGUGAAAGCAUUUACAAAGCAUUUGAACAAAUCUUUCCAAUUCUAUGUCAAUUUCGACAUACAGGAGCCUAA